AUGGCUACAAAUGGCAUGCACAACCUUGCGACCCUCAUCAAGAGGCUCGAAGCUGCCACAGCAAGGCUGGAAGACAUAGCCGAAUCUACUCAAGGCCUUCCGCCUGCUUCCGCCUCGUCUCCCUCUUCUUCGUCUGCUCAGGCCCCGGUAGCAUCAAUCUCCGCGAACGCUCCUGCGCCCCCAACCCCGGUCGUGCCCGCCGAGCCCGUUCCCGAAUCAGUCGAAGAAUUUGACCACUUUGUUAAAGAGUCAGUAAUGAAAUAUGUGGAUAUUGCGAAGGAGAUGGAUAGCCAGGUUUCCGAGCAGGCUCAAGCCUUACUCGACGGAUUCCGUGGUCAACGUGACUUUCUACUCAUCUCAACAAAGGCAAAGAAGCCCGAUAUGACCGGUUCGGAAAUGUCUGUAUUUCAAGAUCUCGUUAAGCCCAUCAGCGAAUCCAUUGCCCGCGUAGGCUCGAUCAAAGAAUCGAAUCGCGCUUCCAAAUAUUACAAUCAUCUUUCGACCGUCUCCGAGGGCGCUCUAGUUCUCGCCUGGGUCACUGUGGACAACCGGCCCUGGAAGCAUGUCGAGGAGAGCCUUGGAUCUGCUCAAUUCUUCGGUAAUCGUGUUCUGCAGGAGUUCAAAGAGAAGGAUCCCAAGCAAGUGGAAUUCGUUCAAACAUUCUACCAAGUUUUCCGACACCUCGCUGAAUACGUCAAGCAAUACUUCCCCAACGGAAUCAUAUGGAACUCUAAUGGGAAGCCCGCCAAGGAGGUGAUGGCAGAAGUCGCUUCUCGCCAACAGCAACACCCCUCAGGCCCUGCGGCACCAGCCGCUGGGGGACCGCCCCCUCCUCCGCCCCCGCCUCCGCCUCCAGCCUUCCUCGUUGACUCGGCUCCUCCGGCGCCGCCCACCUCGACUGGCAUCGGCGCUGUGUUCUCCGAGCUUAACAGAGGAGAAGCUGUCACGAAGAACUUGCGCAAGGUGGACAAGUCAGAAAUGACGCACAAGAACCCGUCGCUGCGAGCUGGCUCGACGGUGCCGGACAAAGAUUCAUCGAGCCGUGGUAAGAGCCCUGCACCGGGCAAAAAGCCCAAGCCGGAAAGCAUGAGGGUGAAAAAGCCCCCCAAGAAAGAGCUGGUGGGCAACAAGUGGAUUAUUGAGAAUUACGACAGUCCACCAGACCCUAUUGAGAUCGAAGCCUCCAUCUCACAUUCGAUCCUUAUCAGCAAGUGCAGCAAAACCACUAUUAUUGUCAAGGGCAAGGGGAACGCCGUGACAGUAGAGAACACCAACAGGUUAUCCCUUGUUAUUGAUAGCCUUGUGUCAACCGUCGAUGUCGUCAAAUCACAAAACUUUGCACUCCAAGUCAUGGGGUCGAUACCGACGACAAUGAUGGACCAAGUUGAUGGCGCUCAGGUCUAUCUCAGCAAAGAGAGCACAGGGACCAAGAUCUUCUCAAGCAAGUCGGCUGGUAUUAACCUGAAUAUCAUUUCCGGACCGGAAGACGACUACAAGGAGGUGCCUUUGCCUUCCCAGCUCUGCUCUUACUACGAUGCGGAGAAAGACGACCUCGUCAAUGAAAUCGUCGCCCAUGCCGGUUAA